AUGCGAGAGAGGCUCAGGGAGUUCCCGGACUGGGGCGUAGAGGGAGCCACUGGUGGCGACCUUCCUAGGGUCCCUUUCCCUUCGUGGGGUGCUAUGGAGUUCCCAGAACACAGCCAGCAGCUGCUGCAGAGCCUCCGAGAGCAGCGGUCCCAGGGUUUCCUUUGUGACUGCACGGUGAUGGUGGGUAGCACCCAGUUCUUGGCCCAUCGGGCUGUGCUGGCCUCCUGCAGCCCAUUUUUCCAGCUUUUCUACAAAGAGCGGGAACUGGACAAGAGGGACCUGGUGUGUAUCCACAACGAGAUUGUCACAGCUCCAGCCUUUGGGCUGCUUCUGGACUUUAUGUAUGCUGGCCAGCUGGUCCUGAGGGGGGACACCCCUGUGGAGGAUGUGCUGGCAGCUGCCAGCUACUUGCACAUGAAUGAUAUUGUCAAGGUGUGUAAGCGGCGGCUGCAAGCCCGGGCCCUGGCAGAGGCGGAUAGUACCAAGAAGGAGGAAGAAACCAACUCACAGCACCCUAAUUUGGAGUUUUUGUCCAGCACUUCCCGUGGCCCCCAACUUUCGUUGGCAUCUGCAGAGACAUCAGGCCACUGGGGCAAAGGGGAAUGGAAAGGCUCAGCAGCUCCCUCACCUACUGUCUGUCCUCCAGAUGAGCCACCGAUGCCGGCUGGGGCUGAUACUACACAGCCUGGCGUGGAGGUUGACUCAUCGCAUCUGCGGGCACCUCCUCCACCAGUGGCUGAUGUCUCUCUUGCCAGCCCCAGUAGCUCCACAGAGACCAACCCUGCAAACUACUUUUCUUCGGGCCUCCCAACGGUUUCAGUGGAGCCACUGGCUCCCCUUGAUGUGGUUUCUGAGAAUCUGAGGGUGGUGGAACCAAGGGGACCUGGAGGACCACUGCAAGGCUUCUAUCCCCCAGCUUCGGCUGCAGUCCCAGUCCCAGCCCCAGUUCCAUCCCAGGCUCCAGCCCCAGCAGAAGCGGAGCUGGUCCAGGUGAAAGUAGAAGCUAUUGUGAUUUCCGAUGAGGAGCCCGAUGCCUUGGAGGAACAGCCUCGGGGUCCUGAGGGACUGUUCCCACCUGGAGGAGCAGUGUAUGGUGAACAGCCCCCCCAGCCAGAGGCCUUUGAAGAGCCAAGGGCAGCAGGACUGGAGGAGGUGGGGGCCAGUGACCACUUCCUGCCGCCAGAUCCUCACCUACCCUACCAUUUGCUGCCAGGUCCAGGGCAGUAUCAUCGAGGACUGGUGACCUCACCCCUGCCUGCUCCGCCCACCCUGCACGAGCCACUCUACCUGCCUUCCGAGUAUGAAGCAGCCCCGGGAAGCUUUGGGGUUUUUACUGAGGAUGUUCCCACUUGCAAGACAUGUGGGAAGACCUUCUCAUGUUCUUACACACUACGGCGCCAUGCCACAGUGCACACGCGUGAGCGACCCUACGAGUGCCGCUACUGCCUGCGCAGCUACACGCAGUCAGGGGACCUGUACCGCCACAUCCGCAAGGCUCAUAAUGAGGACCUGGCCAAACGCAGCAAACCGGAUCCAGAGGCUGGCUCCCUCCUGGGAGUGCAGCCCAUCCCUGGCUCCCCGACAGCAGACAGACAGAACAGCAGUGCUGGAGGGCCACCCAAAGAUUUUGUACUUGGCCCCAAAAACUAA